UCUCCCCUCCUCUUCCUGUUUCCUCUCUAGUCUUCUUUCUUUCCAUUUUUCUUGAUUUCUUCCGCCAGCCCGCCAUUCAUUCUCCAGCUGCUCCCUCUUCAUUGUUUCUCUUCGGUCUCCAAGUAUCGUAAUGGCUCUGAUGCUUGAUAACUGCGAAGGCAUAUUACUUUCUUUGGACUCCCACAAAUCAGUUCCAGCCCCGUUUUUAACCAAAACUUACCAACUUGUAGAUGACCCUAGCACAGACCAUAUAGUCUCCUGGGGUGAAGAUGACACCACUUUUGUUGUUUGGCGUCCACCUGAGUUCGCUCGUGACCUCCUUCCUAACUACUUCAAGCACAACAAUUUCUCUAGCUUCGUCCGCCAGCUCAACACCUAUGGUUUUAGGAAAAUAGUUCCGGACAGAUGGGAGUUUGCAAACGAAUUCUUCAAGAAAGGAGAAAAACACUUGCUUUGCGAGAUCCAUCGGAGGAAGACGGCUCAGCCGCAAGUAGCCAUCAACCACCACCACCAUCACCACCCUCUUAACAACCCUAUCAGCAGCCCAACUUUCUUCCCGUACCCAAAUCGAGUCAGCAUUUCUCCACCGGAUUCUGAUGACCAGCCCAGCCACUGGUGCGACUCACCACCCAUCUCUUCAUCGCCAGUUGGAAUCUCGGUCAUAAACAGAAAUGCUAAUCCCGCAGGUGGUAACAACUACAGCAACAGCAUCAGCAGCAGCUCUGUCACAGCUCUAUCAGAAGAUAAUGAAAGGCUUAGAAGAAGCAACAAUAUGCUGAUGUCUGAACUAGCCCACAUGAGAAAACUAUACAAUGAUAUUAUUUACUUUGUUCAAAACCAUGUUAAGCCAGUUGCUCCUAGUAACACUUUUCCAUCAUCUUUGCUACCUUCUUCAGCUACACCUAUUAUUCAUAAUACUACCAAUUCUUCUUCGUCAUUGAUGCAAAAGCCUUUGAACCAAUUGAUAGGCUUCCACCACCAUCACUACCCUAAGCAAAAUGGUCCUCCCCAUCAUCAAGCUAACAUCUCAUUUAACAAUUCAUCACCACCUAGCAAGACUUCUCAUGGGAGUAGUGUAACAAUUGUUGAAGAGCCCAUGGAAAGCAGUAAUAUUUGUAGAACAAAGCUAUUUGGGGUGCCACUUCACUCGAAGAAAAGAUUGCAUCCGGAAUGUUCCAAUUCUAUGGUGGAGACUAACAAGGCUCGAUUGGUCAUGGAAAAGGAUGACUUGGGCUUGAAUCUCAUGCCUCCUUCUCCAUGUUAGUUUUUGUUAUUUUGUUUCCCUUCUUUCUUUUUCCUUUUUUUUUUAAAAAAAUAUUUUUAUAUUUGGAGUUCAUAUUUAAGUAGUCCUUUUUUUAAUCCCUUUUUGAUUGUGGUCUUGGUUUAUUCGAGUGCGUGUGUUACGGAUGUUUGUAAAUAUAUGAAGAAGUAUUUUCCAAGGCAAGAAUGCAGGUGGGUUCUUGUUAGAGUGAAAGAUUAAAUCAACUUUUACUAGUAACUCCUCCGUCAAGGAGGACGUUUCAGUUUUCAUCUCUU